UUUAAACUCGUGAGGAAAGCUUCUGUGGACUCUGAGGGUUAAGUUUAUUCCUAGAAAAAAGUUGGCGAUUUGCUUGCAAUUCACAGAACAAAACGCCGUCGUUUAGUGCUGCACCACCGCCACCAAUCCACCUAUCUCCGCCGCACGCACAGAAGAACACACACCAUGGCUACAAGCAUGGGCCCUCCGCCACCUAAAAUCGCCACCGCUGACGAUGCCGCCGCCGAGCCUUCAACAUCCAAGCCUACGGCGAUGCCGCCGCCUCCGCCUAGACUCUCGAAUCCUUCCAAACCUGAACCCGCCGCUGAGCUAUCCCAAGGCCGCGAGGAAGAAGCCGAAUUAAACACUAGCAGCAGUGUUUCCCCAGGAAAUUCGGAUCAAGCUUCUAAUUCCAGCGAGAAUCCGAGUAAUGGCGAAACCAAACAGGAGCAGCCGAAUAGUAAUUCGGCUGUGCCGUACAAAAUUCCUCCGUGGAGUGCCCCCCCUGGCCAUGAGUUCUUCCUUGAAGUCCUCAAAGAUGGGGCAAUCAUCGAUCGAUAUGAUGUAAAUGAGAAAGGGGCUUACAUGUUUGGCCGCGUAGAUAUUUGUGAUUUUGUGCUCGAGCAUCCUACUAUUUCUCGGUUUCAUGCUGUUCUUCAGUUCAAGAGCGACAGAGGCGCAUACCUCUAUGACCUUGGCAGUACACAUGGGACAUUUAUAAACAAGAACCAGGUAAAGAAGAGGAUCUAUGUGGAUUUGCAUGUCGGUGAUGUCCUCCGGUUUGGCCACUCAUCUAGACUCUACAUAUUUCAAGGACCAUCUGAAUUGAUGCCUCCGGAAGCUGAUUUAAAGAGGCUAAGGAAAGCAAAGAUGCAACAAGAAACAAAAGACAUGGAAGCAUCACUUUUACGUGCAAAAAUAGAGGCUUCUCGUGCUGAUGGGAUUUCCUGGGGCAUGGGCGAAGAUGCUGAAGAGGAAUUGGAGGAUGAAGCUGAAGAAAUAACUUGGCAAACUUACAAGGGGCAGCUUACUGAGAAACAGGAAAAAACUCGAGAUAAAGUUAUUAAGAGACUUGAAAAGAUAGCUCACAUGAAGAAAGAGAUUGAUGCUAUUCGAGCAAAGGACAUUGCUCAAGGUGGCUUGACACAAGGACAACAAACUCAGAUUGCUAGAAAUGAGCAAAGGACAUCACAGAUAAUGGAGGAGCUUGAGAACUUGGAAGAGACUUUGAAUGAAAGUAUUCGAGAAAGUAUAGGUGCAAAAGCUGGAAAGCUGCCUCGUGGUAAGCACAAAGGGCCCAUGGGAGAUGAUGAAGAAGAUUAUAUGAGUGACGAUGAUGAUUUCUAUGAUCGGACGGAGAAGUCCUCAAAACCCAAGAAUGGUGAAAGUCAAUCAGUGGAAACUGCUGAUUCUCUUCUUGAUAAGAAAGAUGUUCUGGUUAAACAGAUAGAAGACAAGGAAAAAUUACUUGCGGACGAGGAUAAAUCGGCAGCGGUGAAUGAGAUUGCUGAAGCUGGAGAUGCACUUGAUGCAUACAUGUCUGCAGUGUCAUCUCAGCUGGUUUUGGAUAAAAAAGGAAAGAUCCAAAAGGAGCUGUCUACUCUCCAAUCGGAGUUGGAUAGGAUUGUUUACUUGCUGAGAAUAGCAGAUCCAUCCGGAGAAGCAGUUAGGAAAAGACAAUCCAAAGACCAGAAGCCUAAGAUAACCAUCGAGAAGCCUGUUUCACAUGCAGGCAAUAAAUCUGCACCAGAGAAGAAUAAAAAGAUCGACCCUUCGCCAGUAAAGAGUAAAACUAGUGUACCAGAGGCUUCAUUAGUUAAACCAAUGGAAGAAAAAGCUACAGUUGAGGCAAAAUCAGAACCUGACAGUGCGAAGGAUGAACCAGAAUUAACAAACAAUGAGAGUACUUCUACUGCAUAUACUGUUGCUAAACCUCAAUGGCUUGGUGCUGUAGACAAUAUCAAAAAGCAAGAACCUGUGCUGAAGCCAACAGAAACGCAGGAGAGCGAUGAGUUUGUAGACUACAAAGACAGGACAUCUAUUUUGAACAAACCAGAUUCGGCGGGUGGGAUAGAAGAUGCAGCACCUGGUCUAAUCAUAAGGAAGCGUAAGCAAGUUGGUCUGUCCAAGGACAGUGAUGCUGUAGAUUCUGAAACAACUGCUGCUUCCCAUUUCAAGGCAGAUGAUGCUGUGGCCUUGCUGCUCAAACAUUCAAAGGGGUACCAUGCAGCAGAUGAUGAAGAUGGAGCUGCGACUGAAGACGUACCUGAAAAUGAAGAGAAAGAAAAGAAGGGUGGGAAAAAGAAGAAGAGAGUUCUAGGUCCAGAGAAGCCAUCGUUUCUCGACGAACCAGAUUACAGUUCCUGGGUACCACCCAAAGGUCAAUCAGGCGAUGGACGGACCUCCCUGAAUGAUCGUUUUGGCUACUAAGGCAGCUGCUUAUUGGUGUUGGCUCUGAUUAUACUUGAACGUUUCUCAUUCUAAUCAGAUCUUCUAACGAGCUACUGAAUGUCCCUGAUUAUACGUGAAGCAUAGUUGAAAUUUUGAACAUCACUAAUGUGUAUAUUGAUUGCGAAAUAUGAAAAGUUUUUACAUUUA